AAGAAGAAAGUGAGGUGGUCAAAUUACAGUGACACUCAUCCCUACUUCCACGCCUAGCGAAAACGAGAGAGAUCAAUCCAAUGGCUGUGUGUUCCUCAUCUUCUUCUUCUGGAUCUUCAUCCAACACCAAAGCCUGGAUCAUCCACGGCAUUCUCACCGGCGCUGCGGUGGCCGUUGCCCUCGGCGCCCACGCUUACCUUCUCCUCCGCCGAUCCGGCAAGUUCAGGAGCCGGGUCGUUGGAAUUAUACCGGCCCGUUUCGCUUCGUCUCGGUUCCAGGGGAAGCCUCUCGUUCAGAUCCUUGGAAAGCCCAUGAUCCAGAGAACAUGGGAAAGGGCAAAACUAGCAACAACAUUGGAUCAUGUUGUUGUGGCUACGGAUGAUGAUAAGAUUGCAGAUUGCUGCCGAGGAUUUGGUGCUGAUGUGAUAAUGACGUCAGAAUCGUGCCAAAAUGGUACUGAACGUUGCAAUGAAGCUCUUCAAAAGCUAGAGAAGCAGUAUGAUAUUGUUGUCAAUAUCCAGGGGGAUGAGCCUCUUAUUGAACCUGAGAUAAUUGAUGGGGUCGUUAAAGCUCUUCAGGCAGCCCCAGAUGCAGUGUUUAGCACUGCUGUCACAUCUUUAAAACCUGAAGAUGGAUUUGAUCCAAAUCGGGUGAAAUGUAUUGUAGACAAUCGUGGUUAUGCAAUCUAUUUUUCAAGGGGACUGAUUCCCUUUAAUAAGUCAGGGGAAGUCAACCAACAGUUUCCAUAUCUGCUUCAUCUCGGUAUUCAGAGCUAUGAUACAAAGUUCCUCAGAAUAUAUCCAGACCUUCCACCUACACCACUUCAACUCGAGGAAGACCUCGAGCAGCUUAAAGUCCUUGAGAAUGGAUAUAAGAUGAAGGUGAUUAAGGUUGAUCAUGAGGCUCACGGUGUAGACACUCCAGAAGAUGUUGACAAGAUAGAAAGCUUCAUGCGCGAGAGGAACUUGUCUUAGUUCAUAGCACAGAAAACAACCACUGGAAAAAUCGUAUACUGGUAAUUAGAUUGCAUUCAGCUACAUUCUUCUCCAUUACAGUUCUGUGUGGUCCAUCUAAACAAAAUCAUCAAAAGGGAACAUAUUGAAGCCAUUUAACUUUUGUAUUUUCAUUCCCCUAAACUCAGUUAGUUAGGUCAGGUUGAUCCAUGAAAUGUUUAGGGUUUUUUAAUACUCCCUGUUGUUCAUGUAUGUGAACUAUAGUUUACAGUUUCAAUUGAGAGACUCUACUAUUGUCUUUCCCUGUAUAAAUAUAAAUGGUAAUAAGACGAGAAUAAAGGCGAAUCAUAAUAUCUUAUAUCAUAUAAGAGAGGAA